CUUCGCCGGGAUCCUCUUGGAAGGGAAACAAUGGGGCGGAGGGCACUGCGGUAGCCGCCGCUGCGCCGGACCUGCUUGGCUGCUCGGGACCGCCCGCUCUGCCCGCUGCCCACAGCCGCCGCCGACGGGACUGUCCGGAGAAUAGGACAUGUAUUCCUCUGAGAAACCUUGGACAGCAGAUUUUGGUUUAGUAUCUGAUUGGGACAACACACAGAAACAUUUCCAGUCAUGAAUUCGGAGCAGGAUGUAGCACUGAAACUUGCCCAGGAACGAGCUGAAAUAGUUGCUAAAUAUGACCGAGGACGAGAAGGUGCAGAUAUUGAACCUUGGGAAGAUGCGGAUUACCUUGUUUACAAAGUCACGGAUAGAUUUGGCUUUUUACAUGAGGAGGAGCUCCCAUUUCAUAAUGCAGCUGUGGAACGGCAAAAGAACCUGGAAAUUGAAAGAACUACCAAAUGGCUGAAAAUGCUAAAAGGAUGGGAAAAAUACAAGAACACUGAAAAGUUUCAUAGGAGAAUUUACAAAGGAAUCCCACUCCAGCUCCGAGGUGAAGUCUGGGCUCUACUUCUGGAGAUCCCUAAAAUGAAAGAAGAAACAAAAGACCUUUAUAGUAAAUUAAAACACAGAGCACGGGGUUGUUCACCGGAUAUCAGACAAAUAGACCUUGAUGUCAACCGUACAUUCAGGGACCAUAUUAUGUUUAGAGACAGAUAUGGGGUUAAGCAACAAUCCUUAUUUCAUGUUCUUGCUGCAUAUUCUAUCUAUAAUACGGAAGUUGGGUACUGUCAGGGGAUGAGCCAGAUCACAGCUCUACUCCUCAUGUAUAUGAAUGAGGAAGAUGCCUUCUGGGCCCUGGUCAAACUCUUCUCGGGCCCCAAACAUGCCAUGCAUGGCUUUUUUGUCCAAGGUUUCCCUAAACUCUUGAGGUUUCAAGAACAUCAUGAAAAAAUACUGAAUAAAUUUCUGUCCAAGCUUAAGCAACAUUUGGAUACUCAAGAAAUCUACACGAGUUUUUACACAAUGAAAUGGUUUUUUCAAUGUUUCCUUGAUCGUACUCCCUUUACUCUAAACCUCAGAAUAUGGGAUAUCUACAUCUUUGAAGGAGAACGAGUUCUUACUGCCAUGUCUUACACAAUCUUAAAAUUACACAAAAAACAUCUAAUGAAAUUAUCUAUGGAAGAACUUGUAGAAUUUCUUCAGGAGACUCUAGCAAAGGAUUUUUUCUUUGAAGAUGAUUUUGUAAUAGACCAACUUCAGAUUUCUAUGGCAGAACUAAAGCGGGCGAAAUUAGACCUCCCAGAACCUGGUAAAGAGGAUGAAUAUCCAAAGAAACCUUUGGGGCAGCUUCCACCUGAAUGUCAUUCUACUGGCAUUAAUCACCUGAGCAAUGGACAAAGAAGUGUUGGUAGGCCCAGUCCCCAUAUAAGCAGCAGAAGAGAAAGUGGAUCAUCGCCUUCCAAAAAGCAUGAGCACUCACCCCACCAUCAGAGUAGAACUGGUACUCCAGAAAGAGUCAGGCAGCUCCGGCAGAAGUCCGUGGAUGAGGAUAGUAAAAAUCUUAAUGAGGCAGCUUUUCAAAGAAAACUUGCAUCAGGUCCACAAGACAGUUCCGAGCAGUAUAACCAUGCAGCUGCUAACCAAAAUAGCAAUGCUACUUCAAAUAUCAGAAAGGAAUUUAUGCCCAAAUGGAAUAAACCCUCAGAUACUUCAGCUAUUGAAAGGACUGCCAAAUAUGCCAUUGAAGGUAGAUCGGUGCACCCUACACUUGGAGUCACCAUCCCAAAUUCUACUGAUCCUCGGAUAUCAAACACAAGGCAAAAGAUGAAGGUUUUGGAUGCUGAUGAUGGGAAGCGAGGCUCCAAUGCAUCCCAGUAUGAUAACGUACCUGGGGGAGAGAAUGAAAAUGGAACUUCUGCUGAAGAAGCACUAGAAAGGGCUUACUCUCACAGUCCAAGGAACAUUGUUUACUCUAACAGUCCACGAAAGCACGUUGAGCCAGGUUCUAGUCCAUCAAAAGUAUCCAACAAAUUUACUUUUAAAGUACAGCCUCCAGGCUAUACAAGACAUCAAUCCCAGUUAGAAGGGGAAGAUCGAGGGACUGUGCACCCACCUUCCUAUAGCAACCCCCCUGUUUACCACGGAAAUUCUCCAAGACACAUCCCCACUGCUAACAGCAGCUUUGUACCUCCACAGAUCAGCCCUGGGACUCAAAUUCAUCCUUCCCGAAGACCUUUCGGUUCUACUCUGUCAGUUGAUAUUUCUCCAGAGAAAUCUUUCAGCCGCCCAACACCUCUUGUACUACCAUCCAGUCGAAUAGAAGUCCUUCCUGUUGAUAUUGGUGCUGGGGGAUACUCAGGCAAUUCAGGGUCACCAAAGAAUGGAAAAUUCAUUAUUCCUCCAGUGGAUUAUUUGCCAGAUAACAGAAAAUGGUCAGAAAUUAGUUAUACAUACAGACCUGAGAUGCACGGACAAUCAUGGACCCGAGAUGCUAACCCUAGCCACUUAAGCAAUUUACCAAAAUAUUCAGCCUUUCAACAUGUACCCUUUCAAGACCAUAAUCUCCCAGCAGUUUCAGUAGAUAGUCCAGUGCGGUAUAAAACUUCACCAGCUGUAGAAGAUGCCAGUUCAGCUGGGUAUCAGUAUGCAGGGCCUUCACCUCCAGCAUAUCACUACAGAAAGCGGGAGGGGCUUUCUGUUCAAGAAUCAGUAUUGCUGUGAGAAUAUAUGUAUACUUGGCAAAAGACAAGAGAAUAGAAACCAUACGAAACCUGCAUUGCUAUGUUUGUAAUUGCCAAAGCAGUAUUUUAUACUCUUGGAAACAACUCGCAGAAUUCUGAUGUAUAUUAGUAAUAAGAAUAUGUAGAAGUUUUCAUCCUCCAUGUAGAUGCUGCUUAAGAUGAGCAUUUUAAAUUGCAUCAUCACUGAACCUGUUAAAGAAUUUAACCUGGAAACAUAGCAAUAGCAUUUAGGGGUACACGCACAAUAAUGAUCCUUUACUCACUUUCAUUUAUAUCUUUCUCCAAAAACUGAACAUUUUUAUUCUUUUGGCCCAUUCUGUUUUAGCUAAUGUAAGCAAACCACUGAGAAACCCUAGAACAGAUUUUUUUUAAGGCUAAAUAUGUCUUUUAAUAGGUAUUAUAGACACCUAUACAUACACAUUUGAAUACAGACCUGAAGAAAAAAAAAACUUUUUUAAAAAUGAAUUUUAAUCUAGAUCCAUAGUAUAAUAUGAUAUUUUUUUUCUUGUCUUUUAGUCUAGUUCUACCACCCUCCCCCCAUGUUUUUAACCUGGGACCUAAACUGACAAAAUUAGAGUUUUCUCUGACUUUGUUAAUAUAGUAUUUCACAGAAUGCUCAUUGUUAUCCUUCAAUGGCUGCCAUUUUCUUUCAAUCUGAAAAUUAAAGACAUGGGAGAGAAAGGCUGACCACUUACUGGUGCUUAAAAAUUGGAGCAGGUAGGUAAGUUUAUGGCCAAAGGCACAGUGCUCCUUGUAUCCAUUUUCCCCAGAUCAUUCUUAAGUGCUUUUUUGCACCUGGCUCUGCUCUUUUUUUGCAAUACUCAGAGCAUACUGUUCCUUGCCAGAUACCAGGAAUGCUGUAGGAGAAGUUGCAACUUAGUGACCAUGCAGCACUGGAGGAGCAAGGUGAAAGGCCUUUGAAGUUCAUUUGAAAGAAGUAUUAAUAGUCUGGUUACUUCUUAAUUCUGACUGUUAAAUUCUUUCAGGGCCUCACCUUGAAGGGCCCAAGGCAGUUGUUUACAUGAUCAUUUUCUGACAUUUUCUUUAAAGAAUGUAAUCAAUGGAUAUUGCUGCAAUUAUCAGGCCAUUAUGUUAUUCAUAUUAAAAUUGUAAAAAAGAUGAUUCUAACUAUUAAUAGGCAUCUCAGAUCUUGAUCUUUUUAAAAAAUAUAGUGUGACUUUCAAACUUUCAAAACUAUUUUUUCUUUUUCUGUGAAAAAAAUUCAGGUUCAUGGUUUAAAACAAUCAGUGAUAUCUUUAAAAAUAUUCUAUUACACUACAAUUACCGAAAACUGACAAAAUUUUGGGCACUCCAAGAAAAUAGAACUUUGUUUUUAAUUGGAGUACUUGUUUUCAACAUUAUUGUGCUCAUAUUAGAAAACAAAAAAUUAGAAAGUCUAACAUAGAUGGCUCUUCCUGUUGCAAGUUGGGGUUUUAAGCUUUUGAGGUACAAAAGUGUGUCUUAAAAUGCAAAUAACAUUUGUUUAGCUAGUGAAUGUGACAAUAUUUUUAUGUAUAUAAUGAGUCUAAUGUAAUUUUAAUCAACUUGGUAAUGAUGUUUUUAAAUGGCAAAACAAAUGCAGUGUAUUAAAGCUGAACACUACACUGAAGCUCAAACUCUUGAUAAAAUAACAGGUUCUUGAUUUAGAUCAUGUGGAAGCUGAGAAAUAAAUGUAUAUAAAAAUGUGCUGAGGAUAGUAAUUCAAAUUUUUAAACUAUGAUUCUGUGACUUGUAAUGAACCAAGCUGUACAAUUUAGUUUAUGAGAGCAUCCAAGCUGCUCAUAUAUAUAUAUAUAUAUAUCAACAGUGGUAAAUACUGUAGAGUUUAUAUAUAUAUGCAAAAAUAUAUAUAUGCGCGCACACACACACACUAUUUUCUUAUGUCAUCUAUGACAUUUUUUAUCUGUAUACUUUUUUGAUGUGAUUGUUUUUAACAUGCUAAAAGUAAUAAGUAUUUUUUGUUUUGUGUCUUUUAUGUGCAUUUUUUUAAUAUGGCAAAAGUGCUGCAUUCCUGAUGCUUCUAAGGCUACUUUUCUAAUUGAGUGAUGUUGCCCAGUGUUCACCACAUUAAUUGUGUACGUUGCAGUUCUGUGUUUUAUGUUUUAUUAAUUUCCAGUAAGACUGUAUUUAGAAUGACAUCAUCUUUCCCUUAUUUAAUGACAUUACAAUAUUAUUUCUAGUCUUCCCUCUUACCAAAUGUAGCUAUGUUCAUUUUUUAAGCAGAAUUUAAUUUGAAAUUAUUUUGCCACUAUACAGUUUUACUCUUUCAAAUUUAUUUUUUAAUAAAAGUUAAUGAAAUGAUGAUAAAAAAUGAAAUAAUAUUGGCAAAGAGGGUCAAAAUAUUAUGGAGAUUUGUUUUUGUCUGUAAUUGUAUGCACAUGGUGUAUUUUGCCGUACAUUACUCUCUUUGUGACAGUUGUGCCCAAAAUAAUAAGAAUUUUGGUAUUGUUUUUAUUUUUAUUUAUUUAUUUAUGUGUGUAUUAUAUUUAGUUUGAGAAGUUAAAGAAACUAGAUCCAGGACCUCAAAGGGUUUUAAAAAUUUGAAUUCCUUUUUUUUAAUAGGAUUAUUUAAAAAUGGACAGCUUCUUAAUGCAGAUUCGAAGUAUAAAUGAUAGAACAUUUUUUGAAAGCAUGCAAAGAGCUUCCUUCAGUCCAUAGGACAUUUUUUGGGGAAAAAAAAAGAUGUAAUUAUUUUAACAUUCCAUUUAAUUUUGAGGAGAUUCUAACACUAAAUUGUGUCUACUCAGUGUGACUUUAAGGUAGACUUGCAUAGUUGUAAUGGCUUCAAAUUUCUUGGAUCCUUUUAUAAUGUAAGCACAAAAACCAUACCCAGUCAGUAGUUGGUUGAGAUCUCUUUUCCUUUAACUUUUGUGAUGAGAGAAAAACAUGCCAUGUCUACAAAUACAGAUUUAUUCACAGAGGACCUCCAGCUUCCUCAUCUGAAAUCAGAUUAUUAUUAUUAUACCUUUUAGAAACACACUUUUAUUUUAGUAUGCAUUUGAUGGUGUACAUGCAUCUUAAUCUUAUUAAUUAAUGAUUAUGAUUUGAGUAUUUGGGUGUUUUUGUUUGUUUGUUUUGUUUUUGCUUUAAAUUGUCCUUUAGUAGAUUUUAAAUGUCUGUAUAUAAGGAUAGUAAUGCUUAUUGGCCAAAUAGAAGGGGUCAAACUUUACUUAUUGGUUGGUUGGUUGGUUUUUGCCACUGACCCACGCUCCCACAUUCCCAGGGCUUUUCUUUUUUCUUUUGAAACAGGGUCUUGCUAAAUUGCCAAGGCUCGCUUCAAACUUGUGAUCCCCAUGCCUCAGCCCCAAGUCACUGAGAAUAUAGACGUGCGCCCCUGUGCCCAGCCAAACUUUACUUUUAAGAUGACCCAAGCUUUUGAGAAUAGGAGAAAGGAAUCUCUGCAACAUCUGUUGAUACAUUUUAGUUUCACAAGAACUUUAACUUAUCCAUAAAUCUGACUGCCAUCAUCUUAUAGGUGAGGCAACUGAGAAAGGAAUAAUUUCAGAUUUCUUAAGAGUGGAUUUUGACACUUGCUUCUCUUUAGAAUUAUCUGGUAAACUUUGGGAUCCCAUCCCAGACCACUAAAAUCACACUAUCUGGGUGGAAUCCAGGCAUCCGAUAAUACUUUUUUCCCCCUAAAACUUAAAAGUUUAAUUAUUAAGCUCUCUUUUAAAAUCCCUCCAAAGAUUCCCACUGUGAGCACAAAAAUUAGUAACAGAUUAACAGUUUGUCUUUAGAAAUUCUGACAUCAGGAAAGUUAGGAAAAACUCCACCAGAAAGAUUAAGAUUGCCAGCCAUCUUUAUAAAUUCUGAUGAACUGCUGCUGAUUAUAGUGUGGAUCACUUCACAUGAAAGGCAGUAUGACCUUGUAACAAUCUCAUUUGCUAUUUCUAACAGUCCUUCAAAACAGAGAGAGCUUUAUAAAGAUUUCCAUUUUCCUAAACAACCUCUGACUCUCCCUUUCCUUAAAUGACAUGUUUUUAAAAGCUCAGCUAUUUGGAAGCCUGAGCACUGAGAAAACACUGACUAGUUAGCCCUUCAUUGGAGCAGUCAACAUUUUAUUGAGCAUCUUCAAAAGUACCAGGGAACUGUGCUGAGUUCAUUCUUCAAGAUGUGAGACAGGUUUGUAAUAUUUGUUUCUUGAUUCAGUGUGGAGAUGUCCACAAGCUUCCAGUGGACACAAAAGGCCAAGAAUGACCCCUCUCAAAAAGCUUAGGAAGCCCUUAGGUGAAGGAGUUGCCUCAGCUGAGCCUAAAAGGAUUAGAAUAGUAGACAGGAGGCAGUGAGAAAGGGGAAAUUCUGCAGAGGGAUGAAGGCAAGUGCAGCUGCAUGAGCUGCAUGGUAUGUGUGUGAGGUUUUGCCCCUUGGAUGUGUUUGUGGGGUGAGGUGGCAAAGGAGGGAGAAGUCCCACAAAGAGACCAGAUGUGGAGGCCCUCAUAUGCUACUGAACCUGACCCUGGCGGGGUUUGCCAUGCUUGUGUUUCUAUUUAUUCUGGUCCUUGAGGCUGUGGAGGCUAGGCAGAUGUGAGGGAGUGAGUCUGGAGCUGGUUAGGAAGACAGGAGGAGUCCUUUAUCUCCAAGUGCUACAGAGCUUAAGGCCAGGGAAGAAGCUGCGAAGAAACGGUGAUUAAUUUGAGAACUGAUUACUAAAUGAAAUUGGCAAGACUUGACAAUGGAAUGAAAGCAAUCCUAAUAAUCCUAGUAAGAAAAAUAGUUAACAUUGAAUGCAUAUUAUGUGUCUGGCGCUGUGUUAAGUAUUUAAUGUGUGUCAGCUUAUUUAAUUCUCACAAUAACUCUAUGUUGUGUGUAUUACUAUAAUUCCCAGUUCACAGAUGAGAAAACUAAGCACAAAGUUUAGGUAACUUUCCUCUAGUGACACAGCUGGUAAGUAAUAGAGCCAGGACUUGAAUCCCCAGCCUGUUUCCCUCCCUACCCCUGAACUGAUAUAUAAGGAGGCAUAAAUUGCCUAUCAUAAAAUUCACCCAUUUCACUUUUAUACUUAGAAGAUUUUUUAGUAAUUGUAUCAUUAUCACAACUAAUUUUAGAAAAUUUUCAUCACCUCAAAAAGAUCUAUUGUGCCUAUUUGCAAUUCAGGCCUGUUCUCAUGCUCAGUGCUCAGGCAACUACUGAUCACUUUCUGUCCUGAUUUGCCCUUUCUGGAUAUUUUCUUGAAGUGAAAUCAGACAAUGGGGGUAUUUUGCCUCUGGUUUCUUUUACUUAGCAAUGUCUUUGAAGUUCAUUCUUGUAUCAUGUAUCAAUAAUUUGCCUUUUAUUGCUGCAUAGUAUUCCAUUGUGUAGCACUGACACCUUGUGCUUAUUCAUCAGUUGAUAGACAUUUGGAUUAUUUUCACAUGUUGCUGUGACCAUUUGUGUACACAUUUUUAUAUGGACAUUUGUUUUAACUUUUUUGAGAAACUUCCAGACUGUUUUCCAAAGCAGCUGUGCCAUCUUGCAUUUCUAUCCACAAUGGAGGCGGGUUCUGAUUUCUUGUCAACACUUGUGAUUAUCUGAGUUUUAGUGAAUGUGAAGUGAUAUCUCAUGGCUUUGAUGUACAUUUCCCUGAUAGCUAAUGAUGUUAAGCAUCUUUUCAUGUGCUUAUGGGCCAAUUGUAUAUCUUCCCUGGUGAAAUGUCUGUUUAAAUAUUUUGCUUUCUUUUUAAUUGAGUUUUCUUAUUAUUGAAUAAUAAGAGUUCUUAAUAUAUUCUGGAUAUAAGUUCUUAA